GGAAAGUGUUUGUUUAUCCCUGUUAUGCUUCGCUCAUGAUUUUGUCAACUCAAAACCAGCAACGGAAUUGAAUAGUUAGGUACUGGUGAGCCUUCGUCAUCCAACGCAACAUUUUGCAGCUCAGUCGCAUCGCAAGUGUUCAAAGAAACGAACUGUUACAUACUAGUGAUAUUUCUUGUGCUGCUAAAAGUGAAUCAAACAAUAUGGUUUCAUAUAAUUCUUUCAGGCUGCUUGGAUACCUCUACGCUGGCUUAUGCCUUACCUGUUCUGUGCUGUUUUUGAUCACAGCUACCCUUCUGCUGAGUAACGGUGAAAAGUCAGGAGAGGGGAUAAUUUAUAUACUGUUUUCAAUCAUUUCUUGUGUAUUCGAUGUUUACUUGUUUGCCGGUAUCGUUCUACGUCGUGUGGCAUAUGUGAAUUAUCAUUUGAAGUUCAUUUCAUUCAUCUACGCAGUGCUACUGAUUGGAUUAUUUGGAGGGUGUGUUGUCAUCGGAAUACUGUUUUCUACAGAAGGAUUUAAUCUAAUUUGUAUAACCCUGAUCGCGUCUACGGCGGUUUUUUGCUUUGGAAUUGUAGUAAUUACAAUUCUCUACACAUUGUCUGUCUGGGUCAUUAGAGGAGUCAAUAGUUAUAUCAAAUAUGAAACAGUACGUUUCAUAACGGAAGACGGUGAAAUGGCGUAAAUUUCAAAAUUGCUAUAUAAAUGCUGUUGUUUGAAACCA